CCCUAAAACCGGUUGCGGAAGUAAAGCGGAAAUGACGCAAUCGUCUACCCAUCUUGAACCAUGCUUGAAUGGAGGUGACCUUAACAUCAAAUUGUAGAGAAACGGAACUUGCCUUGGACACUGAGUGUACAUCGACUUAGAUCUGCGUGCUUUAAGUGCUUAACUGAAUCUUACAUUUUAGUAAAUAUUUAGAGUAACGAACAGAGAUGGCAGAAGCACAUCAGGAUCGCAUGCAUGCUGUGGUGGAAGACAUGGUCCAAAGCCUUGAGAGGGACCACAUCCGUGUAAUGCAGGGUCGCAUGUUCAGGUGCAGUGCAGACUGCUGUGACCGCUCCACUGACUCCAUGUCUGUGGUGCAUAACUGCAUGGAGAGGUGUCACACUCCUAUGGCCAAAGCUCAGGCACAGGUCACUUCAGAGCUGGAGAAGUUUCAGAACCGUCUGUCCCGAUGCACGAUGCACUGCAACGAUAAGGCGAAGGAUCUUUUCGACUCUGGCGCUAAGGAGCCAGCUGUUCGAGCCCUGAUGGACAGAUGUGAGGGCAGCUGUGUUGAUGACCAUGUGAACCUGAUCCCCAGCAUGACCCGGAGAAUCAAAGAUAAUUUGGACUCUAUAGAGUAGUGAGGAACAAGAUGGGUGGCUAUAGUCCAUCCUGAAGUCUCAGCCUGAACGCAUUACACACAAACACAGGAGCCCAGGGUCAGUUGACCCAGCAAGUUUGACCAGUUACAACCGAAGGAUAAACGGCUGGAACACCAUAAAGGGUGGAAAGAGUGACUUAAAAUGGAGCAAAGACACAGGUCUUGACAGGUGUAAGAGGCUGUGACUUUACAUGUUGGUGUUGUGAAGUUUUAAAACGGCUCACUCUGAGAUUUGUUUUUGUACUGUGUAAUUAACAAACGGUAACCUAUUAGAAGCUGACAGAAAAGAAAGAAUGAUGCAUGUGGUGUGUAAACAAAAUAAUAUAUCAAACAAGUUAAGCAUGACAGUUUAAGAUAUGGAGUAUACUCAACAAUUAAAAUGAUCUACAUCAGUUUUCAAUGUCCUUUACAUUCAACCUUUGAGCCCUAUUUAAUUCCUAAAAUAUCUCUCUAGUGUGAGCCCUUUCAUCCUUCACUCUUGCUUUUGUCAUUUUAUUGUCGAGUUGUUCUGUAAUUUUCUGACCUCAUCGUGAAAUAUGUUUAUGAAUUAAAAGUAUCCUAGAUGUAGCUGUUUUGGACCCGCAUUACUUCCAUAAUAACAUGAGCUGAGGUUGAACUAUUGAAUCGAGGCAAUAAUAAAAGCCAGUAAUGCUUUUCUUAUAUAUUUUAAUGAUCCAUUUACUGUCUCAUAUAUAUACAAAUGGUACAAGAAAGGCAACACUGUAGGUAACUGCAAUAUAACUUUGUACAUGAACAAUUCAAGAAGCAAUAAACACACUGUAAAUAUAAUGCAAACCCCACAACCCAUUUAGUUAGUUAGGGAACAAAUCAUGGGAUAGCACCACAGCCGGGGGGCAGUUUUCAUUGGCUGUCAAGAACUGUAUACAUAUUUUCUUUUGAAAAAAUAAAUCAUACAAAUGAAGUAAAAAAUAAAUAAAACACUUGUAACUU